ACCGGGACAUAUCGAUAUCGAAGGUAAUGAAAAGGCGGAUGCCUUAGCAAAAAAAGGAGUGACGGCAGACAACAUUAUGGAAAACAAAUUAAGAAAAAGUGACAUCAAACUUAUGUUUCAACAAAGAAUGAUUUUUGAAACGCAGGAAUGGUACACAACGGAAAUACAACAUAAAGGGAAAAAAUUCGCAGAAUACCAGAAAGAAUUCAAAAGAGAUAACUGGCAUAAAACGAUAAAUAUCAAUGCAAAUGAAAUAAAGACUAUGAAUCGGAUACUAACAGGACAUGACUUCUCCAAAUACUGGCUAAAAAUACUUAAAAUAGAAGAAAAUGAUAUAUGCGAUGUUUGCCAAGUACAGGAAACGGGCAAACACCAAAUAUUUCACUGUACAAAAUACAACAAUGAAAGACAGAAAUAUCCCAACAUCCAAGAAGACCUAUUUCGCAAACACUGGAAAAAUAAUGAUGGAAAAAUAAUAAAGGAAAUAAUUAGAUUCAUACAAGACACAAAAAUCUCCCUAUAAUGGAAAAAAAACCGCAAGUUUGAACAGCACACAAAAACAUAGAUAACAUGAUCAUAUGAACUUUGAAAGACAAAUCAUAAACACAACAUAGAAAUGUCAAAACCAUCAUCAAGUAAACAACACAAAUACAACGGUACCAACAUUGGAGAGGUAUAUGACUCAGGCAGUCGAAAACCUAAGAGCGCCAUGGCGUCUGCAGUGGCCGAGCCGGGCCGAAUAGUUCCUACGGCAGAAGAGCAAGCGGAAGAGCGACGAAAAUUUCGAUACCGAGCCGGUGCAUUCCUAGCAGCGGUCGGUGCAACGUCAGCAGUAGCAGGAUUCAGCAAAGCAAUCAUGUCGGCGAAAAAAUCUGACCCAAAGUACUUCGACAAAGGGCUGCACGGUAGCUUAGCGCUGCACGAGGCCGGCACCAGCCUGGCGCUGCGAGCCCUCGGCUGGGGCACACUGUACGCCAUCCUUGGCACCGGUACGAUUUGCUUCGGAAUAUGGAAGCUGAGCGGCGCAAAGAAUAUGGAAGAGUUCCGGCAAGCGGUUGGCAGUGCUUUCCCUCGCGUCCCACGGAACGAUCCACCGACCAGUCGGACCGAGUUCGAAGGAUUGACCGAUCUGAUGCAGUACCUGUCAACGUGGGGCAAGGAGGAGAAAGCCGUUACUUCCCUAGCGACCACACAGCCUAGUCAGUAAGCCGGUCUUAGCAGGCAAGCAAGCGGGAAAUCAGCCGCACACUGUUAAUUUGAAGCCAAACAUGUAAAUAUACACGCUUCUGGUAGUCAAAUAAUAAUAAGAA